AUGGCCCAAGUUCCUCGGCUUGCCCGCUCGCUGGCACGCACGGGCAUCGGCGUGAAGAACCGAAACUACAGAGCACACGCCUCGUGCAACCCGACGUGCGACGAGUGGUCGACCUUCCUCGCGCAGGACCCGCUCCUGGGCGGCUUGGCAGUCGUUCGCACGACCAUCCCUCUCUGCCACAACUUGAAGCCCGACAGGCUCACGGACUUGGGAAACACCUCGGACUACGCCAUCCCUGAUGCGGUGCACAUGUCUAAGGAGGACCUUCGUGGUGGCCAGUCGGACUUCAAGAUGACAAUCAAGGCCCUACGCCGCACGAAGAUUGGCAAGUUCGCGCCGUCCUGGUCAGCUCCCUCGGAGAUUUUCAAGAUGAUCGUGGACCCAGGAUGGCUCAGCAGUCCGCAUUGGGAGAAGGACGACAUCGCUUGUACCGUCUUGUCCUACAUGUACGGCGCAUUGGACUUCUACCCGUGCAGGCGAAGGGAGCACUUGAUGAUGGCGACGAGGAUCGUGGCGUGGAAGGGGCACCACUCAGGACAGCACAUGCUCCACAAGAGCUACGACGCCACGAACGCGUUCGGGUGCGGCCGCAAGGAGGACCUAGAGCGUUCCGUCAGGGCCCGCUUGGAGGAGGACGAGGAGAUCAAGGACCAGGACCUUAACUAUGUGACGGCGAUCUCCCGUCAGCGACGUAUGGCGCUCACCGUCGUCAUUCCAGCUGCCGACGGCGAGGUGGCCCUGAGGAGCGGGUCAGGAGGGUUCAUGGGGGACACAUCGGAACCAGAGAUUUUCAUGAGUAACUACCACAUCGCAGUGACGAAGUGGGCCGAAGUGGAGACGGCUCGCUCUAACGGUGCGAUGCUCAUCAGGAUGCAGAACUUGCCCGAGGUCGACGCAAGCCUGGGAUGUUUUAUGGACGACAUCUUCAAGACCCAGCUUCUGUCGGAGCCCCAGUCCGCGUCGGAGGUGAUCCGCCUCUCGCUGCGCAGCGACCAGGGCUUGGACCAGGCUCUCCUGGAGAGGGCCUACGGCCAGAACAGGGCCAAGCAGGACGUUGUGCCUGCUUUUCCUUCGAGGCAGCUGGUACGUCGUACGAUUACGGAGCUGAACCGCAGCGGCUGCCGCAGCAGCUACGAGUUGAAGCACCUGGGCGCCUGGUUCAACGCGGUGAACAGCAACAGUAACGAGCUCAAGGCACGGCUGGCUGCGAUUACGAAAGGCUGGAUGAUGGUGCAGGGGUUCUGGUACUCGUCGUCGCCUCUACGAGUCAAGCGCUUGAUGUUCAUAUCAUUGGUGAGCGGUGCGGCCCUCUCGGGCACGGUGGCAUUUUGCUGGACGGCUGCGGAGACCAAGCAGCUGAAGGCAUGGCAGGCGUGCAGCACACCUGAAGCGGAGUCAUUCACCGAGGUGUGGGGGUUCGGCUCCAUGCUGGACCUGCUGUGGGACGAGGAGGUGAACUACCUCUUCAUCUCGUUCGAUCCGCGGUGCCUGCGCAGCGCCUUUACUGCAGUGCAGUGGGCACCGCCACCUUGCCUGGCAGACACUGUGCCAGCCGCCCAGGACGAUCAGCAGAGGCAGAUCCAUCUCAGUCGUCACACCGAGACCUGUACCGUCCAGACCAAGGCCGAGGGCGAAGAGGCCCGCGGCGCCUGCCUCAGGCGAGCCGAGCAGAAGGACCGCAAGUUGAACACCAAGGACGCUGGCCUUCGAGAGAUUCUACUACUGUUGAGCAUGCAAGUGGCUCAGCUCACCCAGAAAUCGCGGGCACUAUGGGGGAUCGCUACCAGGACCAUCUUGAUCGAAGAAAAGAGCAGCGUGGUGAAGGCCAUCCAGCAGGAGUCGAAGGACUUCUCGGACCACGCGGCGAACCUUCGCACGCAGAUAGGCAAGUACAAGGAGGACGCCAAGAAGGCGAGCGGCUCCGACGCGGGGGCCGAGAAGGAGGCGGCGACGAAGGCCGAGGAGAUCCAGAAGGAGCUGCGCACGCUGGGGCCCCCUGCCCCAGCUCUCUUCGCGGCGCUCGUCGAGAGCCUGGCGACCGAGGAGGUGGGGGCGGUCAACCGCAGGGCGUUGGAGGCGAUGAAGCAGGAGUUCGUCGAGGCCCCGCCCACGGACGUCCGCCUGUGCAGGCUGGAGAGCUGCAAGGACGAGGACAUGAUCAAGAUAGUGCUGGCUCUCGACGACAAGGCCAAGGAGGGGGUGAUCACAGCCUCGCUGCACGCGAUGGGAGCUCAGGUGACGAGCGGCAUGGCCCCCUCGGGCUACAUGGAGGACGAGAUCAGCGCGUGGAUCGACGCGCUGAAGGCGGCUUGA